CCGUCAGAACGGCGAAUUCAAGAUGGCAGCGUCGUCGGCUCGGAGUCUGAGGAGCGGCCGAGAGCGCGGAGAAACAGGCAGCUGAACGCCGCGACCUGACACACACCCCCACUCCCUCCCCUCCUCUCCUUGCCCCAUAGCAACCGGGCUGCGAAGGAUGUGGAGAGCCGGGGCGGCCAUUUGAGAUUCUAGAAGGGUAGAGAGAGAGAGAGAAGCCUCUCCGGGGGUAACGGAAGGGUGGUGGGGGGGAGGCCUCCCUCCCGUUCACUGCUCGGCGGUCGGCCGCCAGUCUCUGUUUCCUGAGGCCCCGGGGAGGUGGGGAGGGUCUGAGAAGCCGCUCAGCCCUCUCACCCUCCCCCCUCCCACACAACCCCCCCCCCACUCCUCUUCCUUUUUUUUAACCCUCAGCUCCCUCCACUCGGAGGAUGAUGUGUUCGGCUCCAUCUCCUCACACUCCCGGUGCCGCCGCCGCCUCCGCCUCCUCCUCCUUCUUCUCUUGCACCUCGCACACGGAGCCCGGCUACCCGCCCUCUGCCGCCGUCGCCUCCUCCUCCCUCCACACCGACUCGCUGCUCUUCCCGGCGUCCGAUCCCCGGAUUGUUGCUGCUGCUGCUACUGCUGGAGGAGGAGGAGGAGGAGCAGGGGGGAUGGAGGCUGGGGCCGGCCGGGUCCAGCACCAGCUGCUGUCAGGGAAGCUGCUCGGGAGCAAGUACCAGCGGCUCUUCGCCGCCGCCCUGGACACCCAACACAGCAGAAAUAAAAAAGCUUUGAGCAAGAAAAAACUUAAAAGGAAGCAGAAGACCAAGUCCAAAGUGAAAACACGAACAAAGACUGAGAAUUUGGAAAACGCAUCGCCUAUUCCAGAUAUCAAAGUCCAUAGCAACCCCUCGGCCUUCAAUGUUUACUGCAAUGUACGCCAAUGUGUCUUGGAAUGGCAACGGAAAGAAGCCUCCCUGACUUUGGCCUCAAAGAAUUCUAUUCAGAGUGGAGAGUCGGACAGUGAUGAGGAGGAGGAAUCAAGGGAGCCUUCAAUUAAACUACCCAAGAUCAUAGGAAUUGGACUUUGUGGUGUAUUUGAGCUUAUAAAAGAAACACGGUUCUCUCAUCCUGCAUUGUGUCUGAGAAGUUUACAGGCUCUACUUGACAUGCUUCAGGGGCAACAACCAGAAGGUCUCCAGUCAGAACCACCUGAUGUUCUAGAAUCUCUUUUCCAUUUAUUGUUGGAAACAACAAUAAGAAGCACUGGAAUGGCAGACAAUAUCAGCCAGUCACUGACCGCUUUAUCUUGUGCCUGCCUCUUCAGUUUGGUAGUUGCUUGGGGAGAUACGGGCAAGAUUCUACAGGCUGUGUCAGCAAUUCUUACCAGUAAUGGCAGCCAUGCUUGCCAACCUAUUCAGGUGCCAACCAUUCUAAACGCUCUGCAAAGGAGUGUGCAAGCAGUCUUAGUUGGAAAAAUUCAAAUACAGGACUGGUUCACUAAUGGAAUAAAGAAGGUAGCUUUAAUGCACAAAUGGAUUCUUAAAGAGAUAUUUACAGAUGAAGAUGAUUGGUGUCUACUGCAGAGUGAUGGCUCAUUCCUGUAUCUUUUGGCUAAAGACGGAUUGUACAAAAUUGGUUCUGGUUACAGUGGGACAGUCAGGGGCCAUGUGUACAACUCUACUUCCCGCAUAAGGAACAGGAAAGAUAGAAAGUCAUGGCUGGGGUUUGCACAGGGUUCUUUACUAUAUAGGGAUUUAAAUAAUCAUAAUAUGACAGCUAUGUCCAUAAACCCAGAAACAUUGGAACAAGAAAGCACAGUGAAUCUUCCAGGUUGCCAGACUGAAGGACAGAGUAUCCUCUUUACGGAUGGAGAAUACAUCAAUCAAAUUACAGCGUCAAAAGAUGAUGGCUUUGUAGUUCGGAUAUACGCAACAAGCACUGAGCCUGUACUUCAACAGGAGCUGCAGCUCAAGCUAGCCAGGAAGUGUCUACAUGCUUGCGGGCUCUCCUUAUUUGAUCUUGAAAAAGACUUGCACAUUAUUAGUACAGGAUUUGAUGAGGAGUCAGCUGUUGUAGGAGCUGGCAGAGAGUUUGCACUAAUGAAAACUGCUAAUGGAAAGAUGUAUUAUACUGGUAAAUAUCAGAGCCUUGGGAUCAAACAAGGAGGUCCGACUGCAGGGAAAUGGGUUGAACUAGCCAUCACCAAAUCACCAAAGAUUGUACAGUUCUCUGUGGGCCAUGAUGGCUCUCAUGCCUUAAUGGUGGCUGAAGAUGGAAGUGCUUUCUUCACUGGCUUGGCUAGUAAAGGAGAGGAUGGUGAAUCAGCUAAAAGCCGACGCCAACCAAAGCCUUAUAAGCCAAAGAAAAUGAUCAAAAUGGAAAGUAAAAUAGCAGUCUAUACAGCGUGUAACAAUGGAAGCAGCGCUAUCACAACAAAAGAGGGAGAACUGUACAUGUUUGGCAAAGAUGCAGUUUACUGUGACAACUCAGGUCUUGUGACUGAGUUGAAGGGUCACUUUGUGACACAAGUAGCCAUGGGCAAAGCUCAUGCCUGUGUGUUGACUAAGAAUGGAGAAGUUUGGACAUUUGGUGUGAACAAUAAAGGACAAUGUGGAAGGGAAACUGGUGCACUCUGUCAAGGUGGAAAAGGUUUCAAUGUGGAAAACAUGGCAACAGCAAUGGAUGAAGAUUUGGAAGAGGAACUGGAUGAAAAGGAUGAGAAAUCUAUUAUGUGCCCCCCUGGAAUGCACAAAUGGAAACUGGACCAGUGCAUGGUGUGCACUGUUUGUGGAGACUGCACUGGUUAUGGAGCCAGUUGUGUCAGCAGUGGGCGACCAGACAGAGUUCCUGGAGGGCUUUGUGGAUGUGGAUCUGGUGAGUCUGGUUGCGCACUCUGUGGUUGCUGUAAGGCCUGUGCCCGGGAGUUGGAUGGACAAGAAGCGAGGCAGCGAGGAAUUCUUGAUGCUGUUAAAGAGAUGAUCCCUCUGGAUCUUCUUUUAGCAGGACCUGUCCCACCAGGAGUCAAUAUAGAAGAACACAUUCAACUAAGACAAGAAGAGAAAAGGCAACGGCUGAGCAGAAGGCACAGGCUGGAAGAAGUGAGAGGCCCCAUUGUAUUUCCUGGUCCCAUUUAUUUGAAUCAUCGAGAACAGGCCAUAGCCAGGCUAAGACCCCUUCCAUCAAAGCUAAAGCAUAAACGGGACAAGCAUAAAGAUGCUAAUGGAGAAAGGGUCGAUAAAGACACCAGCAAGAUUACAACAUACCCUCCAGGUGCUCUAUGUCUUGACUAUGAGCUCCAAGCAAUCCAGGUUAGCUGUGGAUUUCAUCACUCAGUGAUUCUGAUGGAGAAUGGUGAUGUGUAUACAUUUGGAUAUGGACAACACGGUCAACUUGGACAUGGAGAUGUAAAUUCAAGAGGGAUGCCCACAUUGGUACAGGCCUUACCAGCUCCUUGCACCCAAGUAACUGCAGGCAGUAACCACACAGCCCUACUGUUAUCAGAUGGACAAGUCUUCACAUUUGGAAGCUUCUCUAAAGGGCAACUUGGUAGACCAAUUUUGGACAUACCUUUCUGGAACACAAGACCAUCCCCUAUGCCAAAUAUAGGAUCAAAGUAUGGCCGGAAGGCUACCUGGAUAGGUGCAAGUGGAGACCAGACCUUCCUCCGCAUUGAUGAAGCACUUAUUAACUCUCAUGUUUUAUCAACUUCAGAAAUCUUUGCCAGCAGAAGCAUUAUAGGUUUGGUACCUGCAUCCAUAACUGAGCCACCACCCUUUAAAUGCCUGUUAAUCAAUAAGCUGGAUGGAAGCUGUAGGACCUUUAAUGAUUCAGAACAAGAAGACUUACGAGGAUUUGGAGUUUGCUUGGACCCUGUGUAUGAUGUCAUUUGGAGGUUCGUACCAGGUGCGAAAGAAGUUUGGUGUUACAAUGCAGUUACAGCAGAUGCCAGGCUUCCUGUAGCAUCAGAUAUGCACGGCAGAUGUAGUAUACUGAGCCCUGAACUUGCUCUACCAGCAGGAUCUAAAGCAAAUACCACCAGGUCUCAUGGGGCUUUGCACAUUCUAGGUUGCUUGGAUACAUUGGCUGUUAUGCAGGACCUGAAAAUGGGAGUCACUAAUACGGAGGAGGAGAUCCAAGCAGUUACUAAAGUAUAUUCCAAAGAAGACUACAGUGUGGUUAAUAGAUUUGAAAGUCAUGGAGGUGGAUGGGGGUAUUCUGCUCAUUCUGUGGAAGCCAUUCGCUUUUGUGCAGACACAGAUAUAUUACUGGGAGGUCUUGGUCUGUUUGGUGGCAGAGGUGAAUACACAGCAAAAAUAAAGCUGUUUGAGCUGGGACCUGAUGGAGGGGAUCAUGAAACUGAUGGUGACCUGCUGGCAGAAACUGAUGUCCUGGCAUAUGACUGUGCUGCAAGAGAGAAAUAUGCAAUGAUGUUUGAUGAGCCCGUGGUGUUGCAGGCUGGUUGGUGGUAUGUGGCUUGGGCUAGAGUUUCAGGGCCCAGUAGUGAUUGUGGCUCCCAUGGUCAGGCCUCCAUCACCACUGAUGAUGGAGUUGUUUUCCAGUUUAAAAGUUCUAAGAAGUCUAACAAUGGGACAGAUGUAAAUGCUGGCCAAAUACCACAGUUGCUCUACAGGUUACCGUCAAAUGAUGGAAACUCUGGAAAAGGAAAGCAGCAACCCUGUGAGCCAGUGCAUAUUUUGAGACGAUCUUUCGCGCGGACUGUCUCAGUGGAAUGUUUUGAAUCAUUGCUGAGCAUUCUACAAUGGAGUUGGACAACCUUGGUAUUGGGAGUGGAAGAGCUGCAGGGCUUAAAAGGCUUUCAAUAUACAGCCACUCUGCUGGACUUGGAACGACUAAAAUUUGUUGGUACUUGUUGCCUGCGACUGUUGCGUGUCUACAUCUGUGAGAUAUACCCGAUAUCAGCUGGUGCUAAAGCAGUGGUGGAGGAAACGAGCAAGCUGGCAGAAUGUGUGGGAAAGACCCGAUCUCUCCUGAGAAAAAUUUUAUCAGAAGGAAUUGAUCAUUGCAUGCUGAGGCUUGAUAAUGAUCCUCAUGGCUACCAUUCACAACCUAAGACUCUGUUGGAAGCAGUUCUUCAGGAAUGCCACAACACAUUUACAGCCUGCUUUCAUUCGUUUUAUCCUACCCCUGGAUUGCAGUGGGCUUGUCUUUGUGACCUGCUUAAUUGCCUCGAUCAGGAUAUACAGGAAGCCAACUUCAAGACAUCUAGUAGUCGGUUACUUGCAGCAGUCAUGUCUGCACUGUGCCACUCUUCAGUCAAGCUGACAACAAUCCUUCCCAUUGCCUAUGAUGGUGAGGUGCUGCUUCGGUCUUUGGUGAAGCAGAGUAGCACAGAGAAUGAAUCAGCUAUGGUUCACAGAUUUGCCCUAUUAGUGGCUCAUAUGGAGAAGCUCAGCCAGAUUGAAGAAAAUAUUACAAGUAUGACCAGUUUUCGAGAAGUGCUGGAAAAAAUGUUGGUCAUUGUAGUGCUCCCAGUUCGAAAGUGUCUCAGAAGAGAGGUAGAACUCUUCUCUCCUCUUCUAGUGUCCAAUACUUGUGGUCUCCUUGCCAGCAUAGUGAGUGAACUCACUGCCUCAGCACUGGGAUCGGAGGUUGAUGGAUUGAGUUCCCUCCAUUCUGUCAAAGCCACACCAAACCGGUUUGCUAAAACCAGUCAAGGACGAAGUUGGAACACUGGUAAUGGGUCGCCAGAUGCAAUCUGCUUCUCUGUGGACAAACCUGGGGUAGUUGUGGUAGGGUACCAUGUAUAUGGAGGAGGUGGCAUUCAUGAAUAUGAGCUGGAAGUGUUGGUUGAUGAUAGUGAGCACACUGGUGAUUCAGCACAUUCUCACAGGUGGACUUCCUUAGAACUAGUAAAAGGGACUUACAGCACUGAUGACUCCUCCAGUGAUACAGCAGAAAUCAGACUGGAUAAAGCUGUCCCUUUAAAGGAAAAUGUAAAAUAUGCAGUACGUCUAAGGAACUAUGGAAGUCGCACUGCAAAUGGAGAUGGAGGGAUGACUACGAUUCAGUGCCCAGAUGGUGUAACCUUCACUUUUAGUACUUGUAGCCUUAGCAGUAAUGGAACUAAUCAGACUCGAGGUCAGAUCCCUCAGGUACUUUAUUAUAGAAGUGAGUUUGAUGGGGAUCUACAAUCGCAGCUGCUUAGCAAAGCCAAUGAGGAAGAUAAAAAUUGCAGCCGAGCCCUUUCUGUUGUUUCUGCAGUUGUUCGUGCGGCUAAGGAUUUGUUGCAUAGGGCCCUGGCUGUAGAUGCUGAAGAUAUUCCAGAACUACUUAGCUCUUCCAGUCUAUUGUCUAUGCUGCUUCCGCUUAUUUUGGCUUACAUUGCACCAGUGGCUGCUAAUGUCCCAAAAGCUGCAGUUGAAGUUUUUGGCCUUGUACAGGAGCUCCUGCCUCCAGUCGCAACAUUAAACCAAAAAUAUGCUCCGCCUGCCUUCAAUCCCAAUCAGUCCACAGACAGUGCAACAGGGAAUCAGCCUGAACAAGGCCUUUCUGCUUGUACUACUUCUAACCAUUAUGCUGUUGUGGAGAGUGACCAUCCUUAUAAACCAGCUUGUGUCAGUCAAUUAAAGGUAACUUUUCCAGAUUGUGUCAGGUGGAUGACUAUUGAGUUUGACCCAUUGUGUGGUACUGCACAGCCAGAGGAUGUGCUCCGUUUGCUGAUUCCAAAUAAAACUUUCCAAAGUUCAGGAUUUGGGCCAAAAAAUACAAGCCAUGAUGGUCUUAAUUCGUGGAUAGAAUUGAAAAAGUUUUCUGGUUCUACCGGAUGGCCGACUACAGUUCUUGUUUUACCAGGAAACGAUGUCAUUUUCUCUUUGGAGACUGCAUCGGACUAUGUGAAAGAUGAGAAGGCCUGUUUUUAUGGUUUCAAGUGUGUUGCUGUCGGUUAUGAAUUCAGUCCUGGACCUGAUGAGGGAAUCCUACAAUUGGAAAAGGAAUUGGCAUACCUUGGAAGUAUGUGUGCAGCAUCACUAAUGAAAAAAGACCUCGCACUUCCUGUUGGCAAUGAACUAGAGGAAGAUCUUGAAAUUCUUGAAGAAUCAGCUCUGCAGGUUUGUAAAAACCAUGCUGGCUUAUUAGGAAAAGGCCUUGCUCUGUCGCAUUCACCGACUAUCUUGGAGGCACUAGAAGGUAAUCUUCCCCUCCACCUGCAGAGCAAUGAGCAUUCUUUCUUAGAGGACUUCAUUACUUGCUUACCUGGGUCUAGUGGUGGACGACUUGCAAGGUGGCUUCAACCAGAUUCUUAUGCAGACCCUCAGAAAACUUCGCUGAUAUUGAAUAAGGACUACAUCAGGUGUGGCUGGCCUGCUACCAUCACAGUUCAGACCAAGGACCAAUAUGGAGAUAUAGUUCAUGUUCCAAACCUGAAGGUUGAGGUGAAAGCUGUUCCACUUUCUCAGAAAAAGUCUGUGCAGCAGGAGAACACUAAAAAACUGCAUCGUAUCCCUGGCAGUCCACCAGUUCUUGUUUCGAGUGCUGAUAUGACAUUUGGUGGAUUGCCAUCUCCCAAACUGGAAGCAUCUUAUGAACCAAUGAUAGUAAAAGAAGCUCGAUACACUGCAAUCACUAUGAUGAAGGCAUAUGAAAACUAUUCAUUUGAAGAGCUAAGAUUUGCAUCUCCCACUCCUAAGAGGCCAAGUGAAAAUAUGCUAAUUCGGGCUAAUAAUGAUGGAACCUACAGUGCAAACUGGACACCUGGAGCUGUGGGUCUUUACAGUAUCCAUGUCACAAUAGAUGGGAUCGAAACAGAUGCUGGUCUAGAAGUAGAAGUGAAAGAUCCACCAAAAGGGAUGAUACCACCAGGAUCUCAAAUGGUCAAACCAAAGGCCGAACCGCAACCGAGCAAGGUCCGCAAAUUUGUGACAAAGGACAGUGCAGGGCUUCGUAUACGUAGCCAUCCCUCUCUUCAAAGUGAGCAGAUAGGCAUAGUGAAGGUCAAUGGAACCAUCACUUUCAAUGAUGAGAUCCACAAUGAUGAUGGUGUAUGGCUGAGACUGAAUGAUGAGACUGUAAAGAAGUAUGUUCCCAACAUGAAUGGUUACACUGAAGCCUGGUGCCUCUCUUUUAACCAACACCUGGGCAAGAGCCUUCUGGUCCCUGUUGAUGAGCCUAAAUCCAUCACUGAUGAUUACUUCAGAGAAGUAAAUUCACGUCGGUCCCAUGAAGUAGUGUUGAAAGAGCAGGAAAAGAUGUUCCUGCAAGGCGGACCAGGAGUAUAUAAGGUAGUGAAGACUGGGCCUUCAGGGCACAACAUCAGGAGCUGCCCUAACCUUAGAGGUAUCCCCAUUGGAAUGUUAGUUCUUGGGAACAGAGUCAAGGCAUUAGGCGAGGUGGCAAAUCAUGAGGGCACAUGGAUCCAGCUUGAUAAGAACAGUAUGGUGGAAUUCUGUGAAAGCGGUGAGGGCGAGGCCUGGUCCUUGGCCAGAGACCGAGGUGGUAACCAGUACCUAAGACAUGAAGAAGAACAACUACUAUUGGAUCAAGCACCUCAGACACCUCCUCCCAGUCCUUUCACGGCUCCCGCCUUCAACAGGAGUGCGAGUGACAACAACUCUCAAGGAUUUGACUACAGCCUUGCAAAUGCCAAAGAUGAAAUGACUGCAGACCUUGAUUUAGGGUCCUUCGUAGAACCUGGUGACCAACUGAGUGCCAUACUGAAUACCAUUCAGUCACAGCCUUUCCUUCCAGCUUCUAGCGCCUUUGGUCAAGCUGCAAAGCCUUCCUGUUCCCUUGUUCACAGCCCAUUUGUGUUUGGACAGCCCCUUUCCUUGCCGCAGUCUCAACCACAGCUUCUGAACACUGCAUCACGCAUCCUUGCUUCACGUGAGCGCUCAUACAAAAGUAAUAGUCCCUCAGGCCCUGGGUCAGGUGUCUGCUCUGUGUCUCUGAAGUCAAAGGGUGAUAAAGGAAACGUUGUAGUAUCUGGAAGACCAUCUGGAAACUUUGAUUUGUCCUGCAAACAUAAAACUGAAAACCGAUUGCAAAAGAGUGAAGGUCGGAUCAGCAAGGCUGCUGUAGAACAAACAAAGACAAAAAAUGCAGAAAAUCUGUCUGCAAGUGAAUCCCUCAUGCUUAAAUCAGAUACUGCCAAAUUGCGAUCAGACUCUCAUAGUAGAUCCCUUUCUCCAAAUCAUAACACAUUACAGUCACUAAAAACAGAUGAGAAGACCACAGCUGGACUGAGAGCAGAGUCACCAACACCAGGGUCACGAUCAACAUUGUCAAAGCAGAAGCUAUCAUCUGGGAAAGGCAGUCCAUCAAGUCCUAAUUCUCCAAGGCCAUCUUCUCCUCUUGAGAGGAACUUAAUUCAUAAAGCCAACACGGCAGCAAAAAUUAGGUUGGAUCCGCCACGAGAGAGAUCGAAAUCUGACUCGUAUACUUUGGACCCUGAUACAGUUCGUAAGAAAAAGAUUCCUCUAAUGGAGCCUUUGCGAGGGCGGUCAACUUCACCUAAACCAAAAGUACUACCCAAGGAGGCAAAAACUGCCACCAGCACAGAGAACAGAACACCUUCUCCCCAGGUGGUGCAAGAAAAUCUCCAUAGUGAGAUAGUUGCGAUUUGUACGUCUAGUACUCUAACAACAACCAGUAAUUCAGAUGCAGUCUCUGAAAAAAUAGCUGAAAUGCAAAACCCUGAUGACUCUUCUCCAAAGGUACAUUUCAGCAUUGGAAAGGCCCCACCCAAAGAAGAACAAGAAACUAGAUCAUCCCCUAAGAUGAGUCGUAAGAAUACUGGCAGACACACUAGACCCAAGAAGGAAAAAAUGGGAACCAUUUUCAAGGACGAGAGUAAUUCAUCUUUUGAGCCACCAAAACAAGCAAUGUCUCCUUCUGUUGCAGAAUGUGCCCGUGCAGUAUUUGCAGCUUUCCUAUGGCAUGAAGGGGUUGUCCACGAUGCAAUGGCAUGUUCAUCUUUCUUGAAGUUCAAUCCUGACCUCAGUAAAGAAUAUGCACCAAUGAGAAGCAGCCUUCACAGCCAGCAAGGCAUUGAAGAAAGAGAGACCAAGCUAAAGAAUAGGCAUUCAUUGGAAAUAUCAUCUGCUUUAAAUAUGUUCAAUAUUUCUCCUCAUGGUCCAGACAUAUCUAAAAUGGGCAGCAUUAAUAAAAAUAAGGUACUGUCAAUGCUGAAAGAACCCCCACUACCUGAGAAAAAUGAAGAUGGAAAAGCAGAUUCAACAGCCUAUGAUACUUCGAGCCAUCAUUCUAUGAAGAGUAGGUCGUCUUUGCCUCUUACUUUGCAGCACCUUGUUGCCUUUUGGGAGGAUAUCUCAAUGGCAACCAUAAAAGCAGCCACUCAGAACAUGAUCUUUCCCAGCCCUGGUUCAAGUGCUAUACUGAAGAAAAAAGAGAAUGAAAAAGAUAACAAAAAGAGUAAGAAAGAAAAGAAGAAAAAAGACAAAGCAGAGGCAAGACCCAGAGGAAAUCUUUUUGGAGAAAUGGCACAGCUUGCAAUGGGAGGCCCUGAGAAAGACACUAUAUGUGAGCUUUGUGGUGAAUCUCAUCAAUAUCCUGUAACAUAUCACAUGAGACAAGUUCAUCCAGGUUGUGGUCGCUAUGCUGGAGGACAGGGUUAUAAUAGCAUUGGUCACUUCUGUGGGGGUUGGGCAGGGAACUGUGGUGAUGGAGGUGUUGGAGGAAGCACCUGGUAUCUUGUAUGUGAUCGCUGCCGAGAAAAAUACCUCCGGGAGAAACAAGCUGCAGCUCGUGAAAAGGUUAAACAAGCUAGAAAAAAGCCAGUGCAAGUGAAGACACCACGAGCCUUGCCCUCUAUGGAAGCUCAUCAAGUGAUUAAAGCAAACGCUAUGUUCUUGCUCUCGCUGAGCAGUGCAGCAGAACCAAAUAUUCUUUGUUACCAUACCCCAAGGCCUUUUCAUUCACAUCUUCCAAGUCUGAAAGAGGGCAUCUCUGAUGAGAUACCCAGUAAAUAUCCAUGCCUUUAUCUACAGACCCUUGCAAGACAGCAUUCAGAGAACUUUACCAGCUACCAUGAUGAUCACCUGUUCCAAGAUGAAAUGAGAUACCUUCGUUCCACCUCUGUACCGGCGCCAUACAUAUCCGUCACACCAGAUGCCUGCCCUCAUGUAUUUGAUGAGCCAGAAACCAACCUGAAAUCAAUGCCUCCUAGUCUUGAAACAAGCCCUAUAAUGGAAAAUGAUACAACAAAACGUAGUGUCUUCCAACGUUCAUACUCAGUUGUUGCAUCAGAAUAUGACAAACAGCACUCUACAUCACCUGCCCGUGUGAAGGCUAUUCCCAGGCGAAGAGUUAACAGUGGUGAUGCAGCAGAAGUGGGAUCAUCUCUUCUUCGGCAUCCAUCCCCUGAACUGUCUCGCCUGAUUUCGGCUCACAGUUCACUGCCCAAAGGAGAACGAAAUUUCCAGUGGCCUGUCCUAGCAUUCAUCAUACAGCACCAUGAUCUGGAAGGAUUGGAAAUGGCGAUGAGACAUGCUCUAAGGAAAUCUGCUUGCAGAGUGUAUGCAAUGGAGGCCUUCAACUGGCUCUUGUGCAGUGUGAUUCAGACAACUGCUCUCCAUGAUAUUCUGUGGCAUUUUGUGGCAUCGCUGACUCCUGCUCCGUUGGAAUCUGAGGAUGAAGAAGUUGAUGAUAACAAGGUGAACAAAGAGAAUAUCGAACAGCAGGAAAGAGACACUGGAGUAUGUGAGCACCCACUGUCUGACAUCGUGAUUGCAGGAGAAGCAGCUCAUCCUUUACCUGAAACUUUCCACCGCCUACUGCAAACUAUUUCAGACCUGAUGAUGUCACUCCCCAGUGGCAGUUCACUACAGCAGAUGGCUCUACGAUGCUGGAGUCUGAAAUUCAAACAGUCUGAUCAUCAGUUCCUUCAUCAGAGCAACGUUUUCCACCACAUCAAUAAUAUUCUUUCUAAAUCUGAUGAUGGAGAUAGUGAAGAAAGCUUUAACAUCAGUGUUCAGUCUGGUUAUGAAGCCUUGAAUCAGCAAGAGCUUUGUACAGUAACAUGCUUGAGAGACCUCACCGGGAUUGUAGAUAUUAAGACAUCCAGUAGACCAGCUAUGAUUGGUAGCCUGACAGAUGGGUCCACAGAAACCUUCUGGGAGUCAGGAGAUGAAGACAAGAAUAAAACCAAGAGCAUAACUAUAAAUUGCAUUAAAGGAAUUUGUGCUCGUUAUGUAUCUGUUCACGUGGACAACUCUCGAGACUUGGGGAACAAGGUGUCUUCAAUGACUUUCUUUUCUGGAAAAGCAACCGAAGACCUAAGCAGAAUUAAACAAACUGACAUGGAUUCCAGGCAUAUGGGAUGGGUAACCAGUGAACUUCCUGGAGGGGACAAUCAUAUUAUUAAAAUAGAACUGAAGGGUCCUGAGAACACACUAAGAGUCCGACAAGUCAAGAUUUUAGGAUGGAAAGAAAGUGAAAGCAUCAAAAUUGGUGGACAGAUAUCAGCAAGUGUUGCUCAGCAGAAGAACUGCGAAGCAGAGACCCUUAGAGUUUUCCGACUUAUUACAUCACAGGUGUUUGGCAAACUGAUUUGUGGUGAUGCAGAACCUACACCUGAACAAGAAGAUAAGACUAUUUUGUCUUCACCAGAGGGAGAAGAAAAGGCAUCUGAUGCUGAUUUGAAGGAACACAUGGUUGGAAUCAUAUUUAGCAGAAGCAAGCUAACCAAUCUCCAGAAGCAGGUGUGUGCACACAUAGUUCAAGCUAUUCGCAUGGAAGCCACACGGGUGCGAGAAGAAUGGGAACAUGCCAUAUCCAGCAAAGAAAAUGCAAAUUCUCAACCAAAUGAUGAGGAUGCUUCUUCAGAUGCAUACUGUUUUGAACUGCUCUCCAUGGUCCUUGCUUUGAGUGGCUCCAACGUAGGAAGACAAUAUUUGGCCCAGCAGCUCACCUUACUGCAAGACCUCUUCUCUUUGCUGCAUACUGCUUCACCGAGGGUUCAAAGACAGGUGACAUCUCUACUGCGCCGUGUUUUGCCAGAGGUAACACCAGUGCGUCUUGCCAGUAUAAUAGGUGUAAAAUCUCUUCCACCGGCGGACAUCAGUGACAUCAUUCACUCCACAGAGAAAGGAGAUUGGAAUAAAUUGGGAAUUUUGGACAUGUUCUUGGGAUGUAUUUCCAAAGCCCUCACUGUGCAGCUAAAAGCCAAAGGGAGUAGUUUUCCUGGCACAGUUGCUGGGAAGGGUGUAACCACCGUUACAUUACCUUCAGUCUUCAACUCUGGCUCCAUUCGACGAGGUGAAAGCCACUGGUGGAUGAAAGGCUCCACUCCCCCACAAAUUUCAGAAAUAAUAAUUAAACUAAUAAAGGACAUGGCAGCAGGGCAUCUAUCAGAAGCCUGGUCUCGUGUCACAAAAAAUGCUAUUGCUGAAACAAUUAUUGCCCUAACAAAAAUGGAGGAAGAAUACAGAGUGCCUAUUCAAUGUACUACAACAACAAGGUUAUGGCUAGCUCUGGCUUCUUUGUGUGUGCUGGAUCAAGACCAUGUUGAUAGGCUUUCCUCUGGCAGAUGGAUGGGGAAGGAUGGCCAGCAAAAACAAAUGCCUAUGUGUGACAACCAUGAUGAUGGAGAGACUCCAGCAAUUAUCCAUUGCAAUGUGUGUGGGAAUCUUUGCACAGACUGUGACCGUUUCCUCCAUCUCCACAGAAGGACAAGAACGCAUCAAAGACAGGUGUUCAAAGAGGAAGAAGAAGCAAUUAAAGUGGAUCUUCAUGAAGGUUGUGGAAGAACCAAGCUCUUCUGGCUUAUGGCACUUGCAGACUCAAAAACCAUGAAAGCAAUGGUCGAGUUCAGGGAACACACAGGCAAACCUACGUCAAGCAGCUCUGAAGCAUGUCGCUUCUGUGGAUCAAGAAAUGGAACAGAGUUGUCAGCAGUGGGUAGUGUGUGCUCUGAUACAGAUUGCCAAGAAUAUGCUAAAACUGCUUGCGGCAAAACCCAUUCCUGCGGUCAUCCCUGUGGUGGGGUUAAAGGCGAAGAGCACUGUUUACCUUGUUUACAUGGCUGUGACAAAAGUACGACAUGUCUUAAGCAAGAUGCUGAUGAUAUGUGUAUGAUAUGUUUUACUGAGGCACUUUCAGCAGCUCCUGCAGUUCAGUUGGAAUGCAGUCAUGUUUUCCAUCUACAUUGCUGUAGACGAGUUCUUGAAAAUCAGUGGCUUGGCCCAAGAAUAACUUUUGGAUUUAUGGCAUGUCCAAUAUGUAAGAACAAAAUAAAUCAUCUAGUAUUAAAAGAUCUACUUGAUCCUAUCAAAGACCUCUAUGAAGAUGUAAGGAAGAAGGCUUUAAUGAGGCUAGAAUAUGAAGGCUUACACAAAAGUGAUGCCAUCACUACUCCAGGUGUUCGUUUUUACAAUGAUCCUGCUGGAUUUGCAAUGAAUAGAUAUGCUUACUACGUUUGCUACAAGUGUAAAAAGGCUUAUUUUGGUGGUGAAGCACGAUGUGAUGCUGAAGCAGGGCAGGGUGACGACUAUGACCCACGGGAAUUGAUCUGUGGUGCUUGCUCAGAUGUCUCUAGAGCACAGAUGUGCCCCAAACAUGGUACAGACUUUCUGGAGUAUAAGUGUCGGUAUUGCUGCUCUGUGGCUGUGUUUUUUUGCUUCGGAACAACACACUUCUGUAAUGCUUGCCAUGAUGACUUCCAAAGAAUGACGAGUAUUCCUAAAGAGGAACUCCCCCAUUGUCCUGCAGGUCCUAAAGGAAAACAGCUUGAGGGAGCGGAGUGCCCUCUUCAUGUUGUCCACCCAACCACUGGUGAGGAAUUUGCUCUGGGUUGUGGUGUCUGCAGAAAUGCUCAUACAUUCUAAACGUGCAGCAGAGAAGCUCCUUCGGAUUUUCCAGCCUUUUGUUCUCAGUUUCUGAACUGAAGUCAGCAAAUUGGAUUGAAGCACUAUCAUUGGAAUGAAAGAACAACGCUGUGCACAGGAAAAAAAAAAACUUAAUUUUUGUGCACAUACUUAUUGCUGUAAAUGACUCAAGUUUUUCAAAAGGCUUUAAACUUGUGAAGUGUUUGCAUGCUGCCGUUGUAAUCCUCGGCUGUAAGGCAUCACACACCUACACGGUACCUUGACAGAAGAUGCUUUUUCUAAAAGCGAAUUGGGAUGUAUGGACAAGGACAGCUUCCAAAUUACACAAUUGAAGAAUUGCUACAAGUACACAGAGUACGACUUUUGGGUAACCCUGUACAGUAUUCUUGGAAAUUGUAACCACGUCACGGGUUGAGAGUAUAUUCUUGUUCAUUUGAUAGACUGUUGAGGAUGUGCUAGGGCUUGUUGUCUAUGAAUAUCAUAAUGUAUAUAUGGUAUCAGUGUUAGGUGUAUUACAAAGUCGCUACCAUUACACUGCAAUUUUCAUUUAAACUUUUAGGGGUUAUGUUUGAGCCUGAAAUUUUAAUGAAGUGCAAUACUGGGUGUGCCUCCUAUCUUGCAGCUGUAAACAUAUGGAAUGUAUAUGUCAAUAAAACCGCUGUACAUUUUUAUACAGUGAAAA